AUGCGUUGCAGCGUCUACGUAUCGACAGACGCAACACGAACCCUCACAGAAGGUUGUCUGGCGCGAGCGGACGCGCUGCAGCUGUCCCUAAAUUUAUUUCUUUUGUGCUUCGUCUCUGCUAAGGAACGAGGUGCAUCAUCCAUCAUGAGGGAAAAGUGGCGUAAGAAGCGAAUGCGUCGGCUGAAGCGUAAGAGAAGAGCCCAAAAGAAGUGA